AUGAAAGAAAACUUCAUAUCCAUCACUUGCACCCCUGCUAUUCUCUUUCAGCCACUUGCCGAUGGACUAAUUGGGGUCUCCAAUUCGACCAAAGCACAGAAUGCUCAGGAGUUCGGAAGCUCCGUCCACAACAUUGUAGAUGCCAUUAGCAAAAUGGUCGAGGAAACUGCCCAGGCGGCCUACCUUGUCGGUGUGGCUGAUCCCCGUUCUGAGCCAGGACGUCCCGGUCUCGUGGAUCAUUUGCAGUUGCAGGAGAUGCAGCGCAAUAUUCAGAAUGCCUGCCAAGCUAUGCAGUCUUCUGAUAUUACCGACAAACACGUAAGUCGUGCUCAAUACUGUUUCGCCUUGCUAUCUCUUUCAUAUUUGCAGUUUCACAGUAUUUAA